AUGGGACGACCAAGUGGCGGCUUUUUAAACGUGUACAAACCGAUGGGAUUAACGUCACAUCAAUGCGUGGGUGCAAUGCGUCGAGUGUUUGACAUACGUCAGAUUGGACACGGUGGAACACUCGAUCCAAUGGCUACGGGAGUCCUUACGGUGGCUGUAGGUCGAGCUACGCGUUUUCUACAGUAUUUAACAAAUGGGAAGGAAUAUAAGGGCGUUAUUCGUCUAGGAAUCACGACGGAUUCAGACGACAUUACAGGUCAAGUCUUGGCACAACAUCCUGCUCCAUGGGUUAAUGAGAAGACAGUGGAUUUAAUUUUACAGAGGUUUAUUGGGACAAUCAAUCAAGUGCCUCCACGAGUCAGUGCCAUUAAGAAAAACGGGGUUCGAUUGUACAAAUUGGGGAGAGCAAAGAAGGAUUUUGACGUCAAGUCGAGACGCGUACAUAUUGAGCAAAUUGAUGUGCAGAAGUUCAUAGAGGGAGAUUAUCCUGAGGUGAAGAUCCGUGUUGUCUGUGGAGGAGGCACGUACAUCCGGUCAAUCGCACGUGAAUGUGGCGAAGCACUGAUCGUGCCACUCAAGCGAGUGGAUUUGGCUCGCAAUCUGCGCAAUCCCGCUGGUGAGUUUUGUGUUGGGGGAACGCUUGCUGAGCUCGAAAGGACUCGAAGUGGGACUUUCACCAUCGACGAUAGCCUCCAUUUGGACGACAUUCGAACUAAAGUAGAGAGAGGACAUUCCCCUCUUCAGCCGAUUGAAAGCAUGCUCCAGCAUCUUCCAUUUGUCGAGUUGCCUCAGCAAGCGGCCCAGCGUUGGCUGCUUGGCGGCGUCGUGACAAUUCCGGCAGACGAAAUUGAAAUAAUGGAGCACGACGAGGUCGUUACAGGCAAGCCUAUUCGUAUUUAUCGGCCAUCCUCACUAGAAUUGCUUGGAAUUGCGCAAGUGCACGCGCAGCACAAGGAGUUUGUUCUCAGGAAGCGUUUAUUCAUCUAA